AACAGAUAGAGACAACGUAUUCACUAAUAUCCUCUGCUUUAUCUUAUUUCCGUCUCUAAUGGCCGAAGAGAAGCUCAAAUCUACUACUACGAAGAAGACUCCGGCGGAGAAGAAGCCGCCAAAACCAAAAACCGCAACUCAUCCUCCAUACUUUCAGAUGAUAAAAGAGGCUUUGAUGGCUCUGAAAGAGAAGAACGGAUCAAGCCCUUACGCUAUAGCUAAGAAGAUAGAGGAGAAACACAAGCCCUCACUUCCAGAGAAUUUUCGUAAAACACUUUCUCUACAGCUUAAAAACUCUGUCGCUAAAGGUAAGCUCGUGAAGAUCAGAGCCUCUUACAAGCUCGUAGAGACCACCAAGAUGACAACAAGGCAGCAGGACAAGAAGAAGAAGGAUUUGAAGCAAGAGGAAAGAGAGAAGAAGAAGACGACUAGGACUAGGUCUUCUUCGACAAGGUCCAAGAAAACUAUGUCUGUGAACAAACAAGAAAAGAAGAGGAAAGCGAAGAAGGUGAGACAGCCUAAGUCCAUCAAAUCUUCAGCUGGUAAGAAGAAGGUCAUGAAAGCUUCCGCCGCUUGAUCACUUAGUAGAAGAAGAAACUGUGUGAACAUGAAGAAUAAUGUUUUUGUUUUUUUGUUGUCUCUGUAAAAUGGCUGACUCUGUUUCCGGUUGGAUGUAAAAAAACUAAAGAGUCUUCUGAUGUACAACUAGUACUACUACUAUGUAAUAUACUCGCAAAUAGUUUUGGUUGGAUUGGAAUUUGAGAGCUAAGUUUCUUUC